UCUGGCCUGUCGCGCGGAGGUCGGAGCUCAGCCCUAUGAAACCAGGGUUCACCCAUUCCACGCUAGUCCAUCAUCUCCACGGUUAGCAUCUGACCUCGGACGACUGGACUUCACCACAAAUGUCGGGUAUACAUAAUGGUUCAUUUGCGAUUGCUACAGAUAAUGUGAUAUGGGUAUCAACCUGCGCACAAGCUAUCCUACACCGUCUUCUCCCAUAUCAUCUUGCCCUCUAUCUGAUCCUAUCAUCUACGGGUAUCAUCUAUGCAUUUCCCAUGUUAUGUUCGAGCUGAACGCCGUGACGCCACGCUAGCAUGCUUUGUGAAACGCUCAA